CCCCCCCCCCCCCCCCUUCCCCCCCGUCCUGUUCCCCGCCAUGGAUUCCUCCGGCACAGACUACGACAUCGGCGACGAGCACCUGUUUGACGGCGUCCGCUUCUUCCUCGUCGGGUUCGAGAGCGACGUCGAGUCCCAGUACCGGUCUGAGAUGGAGGUGCGCGGCGGCGCCGACGCCGGGUCAUUGGGCAAUGGGUGCACGCACGUAGUCGUGUCGAACCUCUUCUACGAUGACCCAACGUGCGUGGCCGCGCGGGCAGAAGGGAAAAAAGUCGUCAUCGAUCAGUGGGUGGAGGAUAGCUUGGAUCGCGGGGUGCUUGCUGAUGUUGAUAGGGUUAUCUAUUGGCCGGUGAGACAUUCGAAUGGAAUACCUGGUGCACAAUCACUGCUCAUUUGCUUGACAGGUUACCAAAGAAACUAUCGCGAAUACAUAAUGAAAAUGGUUUCUUUGAUGGGAGCACGAUUCUCCAAGUCUUUGAUAGCAAAUGUUGUGACUCACCUUAUUUGCUAUAAAUUUGAAGGCGAGAAGUAUGAGGUUGCGAAAAAGGUGAACAUCAAACUUGUGAAUCACCAGUGGUUGGAAGACUGCUUAAAGGCAUGGGAAAUUCUCCCAGUCGAUGAUUAUAGCAAAAGUAGCUGGGAGCUAGAAUUAAUGGAGGCGCAAGCUAAUGACUCUGAACAUGAAGCAGAAGCUGCAGGUCCAAGGUCAUUAAGCAAUAGGUCCAGUGUCAGGUGCACUCUCAACUCAAAAAAUUGCAAGGAAACUUUUGUGAAGUAUGAUGUCGAUGCACGAAAGCGAUCACCUGUAAUUCCCAGUGGUAAUAAAGAGGUGGUUGUGGGAAGGAAUUUGAACAGCCCUGAUCAUAUCUUGAAGACAGAAGAUGCAGACAGCAAGACACGUGAUAUUACAGGCCAAAGCAGUGCUAGCUCUAUGGUUCCAGUUUCUGCUAAGGCUGAUGUCUUUGCACGCAUUCAAAGUCCACUGGGUCAUAUCAUGAACGCAGAGGAUGCAGACAGCAAGAGACAUGAUAUUAGAGGCCAAGGCAGUCCUAACUCUAGUUUGUUGGCAGUUUCUGCUAAGGUGGAUGGCCUCUCACCCAUUCAAACUUCACUUGGCCUCAGUCAAAAGAGAGAUAAUUCUGUAGUAAGGAACAACAAUAGCCCGAAUCUGCAGGAAGCUGAAAGAAAACAUGUUGGUGCAAGGACACAGGAUUUUGCAAGUGGUGUUCUAGGCACUAGCUCAAGCAAAAUGACUGCUUUUAGUAAUCAUCAUUUAGAUACCUUAAAUAAGGCCCCGGGCAUUCUAAAGGGCCACACAGAUCAUGUUUCUGGAAAAUCUUCUGCCAGUCAGGAUCAUAUAGAUGUUACUAAAGUCCCAUUGUCCAGCCCCUUGAGAGGAAAUCAGUCUGCGGAUGAGCUUGAUUCAUCAAAAGUUGACAGAUGGCAGCGUCACGAGAAGUGUGCACCCUCAGGUAUUCAUAUCACAGCAGCUGGUCGGUCAAAUACUGAUGACAAGCUCACCAAUCAUGAGUCCAAUCCAAAAUCAGGAGGUGAUUCCAAAUUCAACAGCAUCAAGAACACAAGUAACUCUAAAAAGGCCUCUCGGAAGUCUUUGUUACCAGAAGUGCAUUCAGUUAACCAUAUGCAAUCACCUAAGAGGGCCGAAGAUAGCACACUGCGAGCUGACUCCAAUAUUUCUUCAUUAGAAAUGGGACAUCAAAAGGUUUUUGAGAAUGCUGACGAUCAGAGCAAGAAAGGCAAUGAAAAUAUUAAGUGUGUGGAUGGACUAAAUGGUGCAUAUGCUCAGAAAAGGAAGAUCUUAGUCUCCCCAGCUAGCCUAAAUUUGCAAAAGGAAGAUCUGGUGUCAGAAACUGGUCCUUUAGAUUCUCCAUUUGCGAGUUGGCUGAGUGAUGCAUCUGACGCUGAAGCUAAUGCUGUUAAUUUUGGAAAGCAGCAAUUUAGCUUAUCUACAAGCAGACAAAGAAGAUCUAGGAAGACCUCUCUCAAGCAUGGUGGUCUCAUUAAUGGAAUCAAGCUUCCUGAAUCGUCUUCAAGUGAUAAGAAUGUAAAAUCUUCAUUGAAAGCAAGAAUGUCACUGAAAGCAAUGGUAGAAAACAAAUGCACCAGGACUCCUUCACCCGCUGUUCAAGAUGGAAAGACAAGUUUCUCCUUUCAAAAUAAGGAUGGGGAAGAUACACAAGGUAGUGGUAAUGCGGUGAAUCAAGAUUGCUUGCAUGAGAUAGGAAAUCUUCGCACAAAGGAUCAGGCACAUGACAAAUCUGUACAUAAUUCAAGUAAUUCACAUGUCGUUUCCUCUUCUGGAAAUGUUGGCACCAAGGUUACUGAUCCACUCAAGGUCAAUGAUUACGAAGAGCCAGUGGUGUCAAAUUCUGAACUUGAGAGGGUAGUGUCUGAUGCCAAUGUGAAAGACAAAGAAGACGCUAAACGAUUACAAGACACUUCAAGCAAUGUUCAGGGUGAAACCAGUUAUUCAAAGAAAGUAGCAACUCCUGAACGAAGGAAUGCAGGUGCCAAGAGGCCUCGAAGUGCUAGUAUUGAGGCUGAAGGGUCAGCUAUUAACAGUGGUAAGAAAGUAGUUACUGAAUCCUGGCCUGCUGAAGUGAUUCCUCAUGAGAAUGCUGAUCCAGCCUCCAAAAAUGGCUGCACCAUGGCAAGUGCAGCUGAACUCAAAACAAAUCCUUCAAAGAAAGCACUGAUUUGUAGAGUGACAGAUACUGUUGCAAAGAGGACAAGGAAUGCUUGCGCCAAGACAGAUGACACACAAGUAGCUUCUAGUUUGGAGUUCAGUAAGGUGAUUUCUCAAGAAAAUAUUGAGGCAAAUCCCAAAAAGUUUUUUGACACCGGAAAUGCUGAUGAACAACAAAGAAAUUCACCUAAGAAAAUACCCAACACCAGAGUAAGGAAUACAGCAGCGAAGAGGUCACGGAAAUCUGACAUCAACACCAGCAAUGAACCGUUAGUUGACAAAACUGGGACAGUGGCAACUGGUUCAUUGUUUGAUGACUUGUUUCCUUCAGACAAUGAAGACUACCCUAAAAAACUUUCUAGUUGUGCAAGUGCUAGUGACUGUGGAACACUUUCCUCCAAGACUGUAUCGAAUGGCAGAACUAGGAAUGCAGUUGCCAAGAGGAAAAUGAAAACUGUAGAAGACAAAUCAGGCAGCAAGUGUGGCAAAGUUGGUAGUGUCAUUGCAUCUGUAGCAGAAGCUGUUUCAUCAAAGAGAACUGAAGAGAUUUCAUGCAAUAGCAACAAAAUAACCACUGAUCAGGACUCUGACAAAUCCAAUAAGGAUGUGAUAAAAGAUGCAUCCGGAUUGUUUUGUCAAGAUUCUGGUACGGUAGACAAGCAAGGAGGAUCAUACAAUUUUAACUUGAGAAGCAGCAAAAGAAAUAAAGCUCUUACUUCGGAUCAUGAAAAGGAGAACAGACUAGACCAUAGUAAUCUCAACUCUAUAUCAAAUAGAACUAGCAGUUUGCAGUCCAAAUUUGAUGCAAAAUCAAUUGAGAAAAGCACACGAGUGCUCAGUGACAGUGAGCACCAAGGGGUAAAAGUAAGUGAAUCUGGAACCUUGAUCGUGAGUGAACCUGCAUUAUUUAUUUUAAGUGGAAAUCGUGAGCAGAGAAGGGAUUGUCGCUCAAUUCUUAGACGGCUGAAGGGACGAGUUUGUAGGGAUUCACAUCAUUGGUCAUACCAAGCAACACAUUUCAUUGCCCCAGAUCCUCUCAGGAGAACCGAGAAGUUUUUUGCAGCAGCUGCAGCAGGCAGGUGGAUACUCAAGAAAGAGUACUUGACUUCGUGCACUGAGGCUGGCAAGUUUGUGGAUGAAGAACCAUUUGAAUGGUUUGGUUCGGGCCUUAAUGAUGGAGAAACAAUCAGCCUUGAUGCUCCUAGAAAAUGGCGAAAUAUAAGGCAGCAGAUGGGCCAUGGUGCCUUCUAUGGAAUGCAGAUUGUUGUCUAUGGACAGCUCAUACUACCAACGCUGAGUUCUUGCCAGGAUACAGUGAAGCGCGCGGUAAAAGCUGGUGAUGGCACCAUUUUAGCAACAUCGCCGCCAUACAGUCGAUUCCUUGACUCCGGGUUUGAUUUCGCUGUAGUAUCAGCGAGCUUACCAAGAGCAGACGCAUGGGUUCAGGAAUUCAUCAGGCAUGGUAUUCCCUGUGUCAGUGCUGAUUAUCUGGUUGAUUACGUCUGCAAGCCUGGCCACCCCCUCGACCGACAUGUUCUCUUCAAGACAAACGAUCUGGCCAACAAGUCCCUUGAGAAACUCAUGAAGAACCAGCAAGAGAUGGCCACGGAUAUGGAACAGUCGGAAGAUGAAGAGGACGAUCCGGAGGACCUGAGCUGCUCAGCGUGCGGGUGCAAGGACAGAGGAGAAGUGAUGUUGAUCUGUGGCGACGAGGACGGUGAAACCGGUUGUGGGAUCGGUAUGCACAUCGACUGCUGCGACCCUCCCUUGGACGCUGUACCUGACGAUGAUUGGUUGUGCCCCAAGUGCGCUGUGCCGAAAGCCAAGAGAAAGCCUACUAGAGGCACUGAACGCAAGGCAAGAGGAUCCAGGCGAAGGUGAUCUUCUGGUGUUGAUGUGUCCACUGCACACCCUUGUUUUAUUGAACAGAAUAAUGUACUAAUAACCGGAGCCAUUGUAAAGUUCUCAGAAAUGCCGGCUCAGCAUUUCUUUGAUCAUGUAAUCAUUUUUUUAUGAGACUGUAAA